AUGCAGUUCAAGACCGCCGCCGUCGCCAUCUUCGCCAGCCUCGUCACGGCCCAGGACCUCUCCCUCCUCCCCGACUGCGCGCGUCCCUGCUUCGUCGACAGCUUCCCCCUCUCCGGCUGCGCCUCGCAGACCGACUUCGCCUGCAUCUGCGCUUCCGACGCGUACAACAACGCUGUAACCACUUGUGUCCUGGGUGCUUGCCAGACUGCCGAUGUGUAA